AAGAAGCAGCGAUGCAGCAGACGCAGUCGCCUCAUUUCAUCUCCGGGCUUCAUGGCUGCAGGAUGGACUCUCAUCAGCAUCAUCACCUUCAUCAGCAUCUCUUCUUCCUGCUGCCACCGGGGACUCUUCAUCAGCCAGCAAGUGUGGCGGGAACCGAGGCUCUUCUACGGGGUUCAACUUCCACCUGCAGAAAUGUGAGGCUGUGAGGGCUCUUAGCGCCCCUCUGUAGAGACAGCAGUGGAAAGGUUGGAGGUCCCUCGCUCAUCAAUGUCUCUCACUCCAAGUAGGAAGCCCUCCUCAGGUCAGCGCAGGCGCUCAGUGGAGACUAAUGUGGGCAUCGGGCGAUGUUCCCACAGUGACACAUCCAGUACUCACACCUACCCGAAUCGAGUGAGGACAGCUGAUGGCAGUCCAACGGCCCGGACUUAUCCAAGUACACCCAGGCGGCAGGCAAAGCACACAGCGUGCAGUGACAACCAUGGGAUCAGGCCUCCCACCCCGGAGCAGUACCUCACACCUCUGCAGCAGAAGGAGGUGUGUAUACGACAUCUUCGAGCCAGGCUGAGGGACAACGUGGAGAGACUACAGCACAGGGAUUGUGAAAUAGAUGAGUUGAGGACUCAGCUGUACAGGAUGCAGGAGGACUGGAUCGAAGAGGAGUGUCACCGAAUUGAGGCCCAGUUAGCUCUUAAAGAAGCCCGCAAAGAGAUCCAGCACCUUCAUGAGGUAAUGGACUCAGUUCGCUCCAACCUGGCACCCCAAGACCCCCAUGAACCCAAGCAAUUCUCAGGGUUGCACGCAGCUCGGCCUGGGGGGAGGUCUCGCUCUUGUGGUUGUUCUCCAGCUAGCACUUUGAGUCGCAGCACCACCCACACCCGGAUGAGCAGCGAGGCGCUGCAGCUGGAGCGCAGCCCUAAUGCUCCUGAGUCUGGCAGAGCAUCUCGCCCUGCGGGCCAGACACACCUGCUCCUAGAGGCUGCCCUCCUGACAGAUCAGGGUCCACAGCAGAGCCACAUCCGCCCGCCCCCAACUGUCCCGCGCUCUGCCACCUUUGAAAGACUCUGCACCGGGGGCGCGAUGCUGCCAGUCUCACACUCCUGCCACACUCUCAGUAGCAGCUGCCAGUGCAGCGGCCACUCCUACCUCCCUCAUCAUCACCUGUUCCUGCACUUACCUCAGGAGGAGCCCCCACAAACAGCUGCAGCUACUGCUACCCCUGUUUCUGAUCCAAUCCCGACUCCCAGUCCUGCAGGAGAGAGGAAACCAGAGGUGCGUUCUCAGGCCUGCAGCCCCACCAUGACGUGGCUGUGUGAGGAAACGGCUGCAGAAGAAGAGCUGAGUGUGAUUUCUUUACCCACAGCAGACGUCACACCACCAGAAUCACAGCCUCUCCAAACAACUCUACCUGUUGUUUACCCACCUGAGCAUUCAUACAAUGUUGAGCCGCUUCCACAGGACCCACCAGAGAUAACAAAGAAGCCAGCUGAGCCACAAACCUGCCAGCCCCAAUCUGCACCUCCACUCCCCGUCAGACAGGAGGCCACACUUCUAGAGAUAGACGAGGACAAUAUAGAUGAAUCUGAAGGUACAAACGAGGACAGUCCUCCCCCUCAGCUCUGCCACUGGAGCCGAUACUUCCUCGUAGACCUGUUAGCGUUAGCGAUGCCGGUAGUCCCGACCGUGGCGUGGCUGUGUAGGGGAACUCCACGGGAAGUCAUGCCCGUGUAUCACAUCGGCUCCCUACUGAGAGGGUGCUGUGCUGUGGCACUCCACUCACUCCGCCGCCGGGGUGCAGGCAGGGGACGCAGGCCCGCCAGCAUGAAUGGAACAACAUCAAUAUGACUUUCUGCUCCCUCUGACAUUAACAAUACAACUCCAAACCCCUGCAGGCUCAUCAACAGUGACGCUAACUUUACUUUAAUAUAUUUUAGCCAUCGCCACGUGUUUAAUAUCCUAUAAGAGUCUUUAGAUUUAACAUUACUCCCUUGUGGUUUUGUGGUCAUGCCUUGCCUCUGAGAACAAAGGAUUAGUUGUACAUUAUUAAACACUUUCAUUACUGAAGUAUACUUACUGCUUCUGCCUGCAGAUUAAGUGGUUUUCUCUGUAUUAGAAUUUGCAUGUAGCCCGCAGUUUUGUUGGGCUCUCUUGCUUGAUCUAAAAAGCCCCUUUGAUUUAGAUGAACCAUCCUCCAGGCGGAGACACUCGGUUUAUUUCAUGAAAAGAAAUAAAAAAGGGAAACUGUCUGUUCCUCUUUCCUUCUCAUGACGUGUUUUUAAAAUGCUAAUAAGAAACGGUGAAGUCAUGAGAGUGUUAAAAUCAUGUGGCAACAAAACCCCACAAAAUCCGAGAGAUAAAUUAGAGUCAGUGCUUUUCUCACACAUCUCGUAUUCUGAGAAAGUGUUCACACAGGGCGACGUGAAUGUAGGCAGCAGGAGGUGGAAAGUAUUCUUUUUUGUACUUCUAUUUCCUCCAAGGACAUACUGAAUAUAAAAAAAGCAGAGCAUGUGCAUCAAAUCUGGUACUCAGGUGCAGAACAAACAGGUCACUGAUCUUUUUGCCAAUAAAUGAAAACUGGGAGUUUAAAAUUGUACAGACUCUUUCUUUUAUGUAUCUGGGACAUUCACUCAGAGGCCAGAAGCUGCUUUACUUGCAGCUGUUUUUUGAAUGCUGUUAUCUACAGAUCAUGAGUUCUUUGUUGGGUUAUCUGAAAAACAAAACAAGCUUUGAUAUCAUCAGAAUAUGAGACAACAACUUUUUAUCACAAGUCAUCAUAAAAUAAAAUCUUUGAUUUGGCACCUUUACAGCUUAAACUGAAAAAGUCAGAUCAAGGGAAAUCCUUUAUUAAUCGACACAUCAGACUCUACCUCCGUCAAUUAUGUAUCUUUGUUUAAAGUUAUGAUAGUGAUCUCAAAAGCUCAAACCUAGGUAAUCAAAUAAACAAGACCCCUCUUUUCAAGGUGCAUCUUAAACAAACAUUUUUUCCCCAAGAUAAAUGAUCUUCAUCUGCCUUUUCACACAUCAAGAUGAAGUCACACAUAUUUUAUUUUUUGAAGUUGUCUCUCUUGAGAUAAGUGUUAAACAAGCAAAGCUGGUUUUGGCUUUCAAACAUCCACAGUUAAAACUUUUUUUCAUGAAUUAUUUACGAUAUAGAAAAAAAAUGCUGUAAAAAAUGACUAACAUAAAUGUGCAGACGACACCUUGAUUUGACAUCAUGGAGAUAAUGUCUAUAACUGCUGAGAAGAAGAAGAGGGCAGUGUAUCUUUUGAGUUUGAUAGCAGAACAUCAAUAAACACUGAGCCUCUCUGAUCCAGUCCUGAAACAUUCACUCAUUUGGUUGUGAAUCUACUUCUGUGUAAUUCUGUAGGCUAAUGGAAAUCAGGAGAAAAAUAAUGAAGAAGUCUGUUAUGAGGAGUUUUUUUUACAGUGUAUUAAUCGCCCUGAAAACGCCUGAUAGAUUCUCUCAUUUUAACAUAAAACUUGAGUUCUUAAGUUAACUUUUCUCCUGUGUUGGUCGAUGUAAAGAAUGGUUUAUGAUUUUGAUUACUCAUCUUCCAAAGGAUCAUUUGUGUGUUAACUUUUUUGACUAUGGUGUACAGUAUAAUGGUUACAGAUAACAGCUUUAUUAGAUACAUAUAUUUUUCGAACGUUAAGAAUGUGAAGUUUGACUGGUCAUCAACUUGAUUCUUUAGCUUAAGGCAAAAUAAUGGCUAGGAGUCAAUUUGAAUGUAUAUGGAAAAUAAUAAAGUAACUUGAUUUAA